UAAAAAAAUUCAGAAGCAUAAACGUGUCGAGACAUGUUCAAAGCUACCGAUUAAAUUAUUGGAAAGAGGGGGAACUUCCCCUUCUCCUUCUUAGAAAAUUCCAGUAACAUUAAUCACAAAAACGUCAUGUGCAACGUUGUCGGACCGUGAAAAACGUGUCGUGACAUGUUCGAGUGAUAACAAAGAAAUUACUGAAAAGAGGGGGACUUCCCCUUCUCCAUUUAAAAAAACAAAUUCAGAACUAUUAAUCGCAAAAAGUCUCACGAUUUGCAAUCAGUCUUGCAUCAGUUGCUCGUGCGAACGGUUCAGACAACGCAACGCUCUUGAAAUAAGCGCAAUGGCACUUUAUUACGUUCCGAUCGAAGCGUGCAAUAAAUCCACGUCUUCAGAUUCGCGGUAUACACCGCGCAUUCUAAGCAGAAGGUUCCCGUUAACCUUAACAUCAUACAAAUGGAUUGAUAUUGACAUCAGCGUGACAUCAGUUUCAUGCUCCGUGGAGAUAUCGCUCGGCGAUACACGCGGCAACCGGAUUAUUCUACCAUACAGAACAUGGAGAACUCUGAUCGAGAAACGUGUUGUCAUCGAGCGAUUUGUCCAGUCAACGGAGACAUCAUCAUCGAUAACGAUACACGACCUUAACGUGCAACUUGUUAAACUGAACGAACAAAGUAUUGUUAAAUUAACGUUGCACGAUGCAUGUAUUUAUCUCAAGCCUGCAACCGUGCUAUUCUUAUACAAGCUAGAGCAUUGCGUUGAACAUGUAUAUUUUACGUUGUAUCAAAGCAUCGCUAUCGUGACUGAGAAAUUUAAAUAUUUCGUAAACUUUUUGCGUCAAAACUGUGUCGUAAAUAAACGCGAAGCUAUACAUAUGUUGCACAAAUCUUACGAUAAGAGUUCGCAGAUCGAGUGCGAAUUAAUUGCUUAUGCUAUUGAUAUUAUUGUACACGAUGCAUUGCAUACUGAAUAAAAUAAAUGUAUUUAAAACAUACGCUCUAAAAUUAUUUUCUCUCAUCAUUUCCACAUUAUAAAAUAUUAUAUGGUUCUAGCUUUCCCUCUCCCAGCAUCCUCCAUCCCCACAGCGGAUACAUACCGCUGUAUUGCGCGGGUGACUCCACCUCUCAGAAAGUCCCCGCGCCAUUUUGCCUACCUAUCCGCAUCUUCUUUGUCUAAGCUUGCGUCAUGCAGCGGCAAUCGAUCCCUUGAAUCAUCGUUUCAUGAAAAUCUACCCCCACAUAUCGGGGAACGUAUAAAAGAUACUCGUCAUUCUAUAUACAUGCGAUUAAUUGUAAAUACGCAGUGCGACGGAGGAUGCUCUCGCACAGCCCUUUGUUCCUCAGUCGUAGCCGUGCUCUCGAUUAGCAAACAUUGUGAGUGAGAAAAAUGACGUGGGGCACGUGGAUGAACGUCUUCUUCAAGGAGUUCGUUCCCACGGACAGCCUCCCCGGGUAAUCCUCUUCGAGCACCACCACCUUUACAGGUGAGGACGAAGUGGAGGUCGAGGGGAGUGAGCAAAUUUAUUUCUUUGUGCGCGCGGCGGCGGACAGUUCCGCGAACGCCACGUCAGGCCCGCGCGCCGCGAAUUUUAGGUCCGCGGGUGACGUCAGGCCCGCGACGCGAAUUAUAAAUAUAUAUUAUGAGAGUUCUAACUCAGGCACCGAGGGUCCCCCCCCCCCUAAGGCUAUCUAUUUACAUAAACAAAUAUGGUUAUUACUAUCUACAUAGAUAUUAUGACGGUUAUCUCUGUUUAUGUAAACAGAUAACGGUAAGUCCCGGGGGUGACGUCAUUACCCCGCACCCACAUUUCCCCCGCGCACCUCACCCCCCCUCGGAGCACCUGGGUUAGAA